AUGCCGGCGCGGAGGGCGCGCUGGCUGUGCUGGUGGUGGGGGCUGCUGUGCAGCUGCUGCGGGCCCCCGCCGCUGCGGCCACCCCUGCCCGGCGCUGCGGCCGCGGCCGGCGCGCUGCUGGGGCACGGCGGGGGCCCGGGGCGCGCGGAGCCGCCCGCCGCCGGCUUCCCGUACCGGCGGCUCCGGACGCACGAAAAGCGGGAGAUGCAGAAGGAGAUCCUCUCGGUGCUGGGGCUCCCGCGCCGGCGGCCGCUGCACGGGCUGCCGCCCCCGCCGGCCCCCGCGCCCCCGCAGCCCGGCGCGGAGCCCCCGCCCGGGGCGCUGAAGUCCGCGCCCCUCUUCAUGCUGGACUUGUACCGCAGCCUGUCGGGCGCCGCCGACGGAGACCCGGCGUGGGACGCGGACAGGCGGCCGCCCGAGGCCCGCGGAGGGGCCGGCGCGUCCCCGCCCCGGCGGCCUCCCCCCGGCCCCGCGCACCCCUUGGACCGCGAGAGCCUCCUGCCCAGCGCGCAGGACAGCGCCUUCCUCAGCGACGCCGACAUGGUCAUGAGCUUCGUGAACCUGGUGGAGUCCGACAAGGAGCUCUCCCCUCGCCAGCGCCGCCACAGAGAGUUCAAGUUCAACCUGUCCCACAUCCCCGAGGGCCAGGCGGUCACCGCUGCAGAGUUUCGGAUCUACAAGGACUGCGUUGUAGGUGGUUUUAAAAACCAAACUUUUCUUAUCAGCAUUUAUCAAGUGCUGCAGGAGCAUCCGCACAGAGACCCUGACCUGUUUCUGCUGGACACCCAAGUGGCCUGGGCCUCCGAGGCGGGCUGGCUGGAGUUCGACGUCACGGCCACCAGCAACCUGUGGGUGGUGACCCCGCGGCACAACAGGGGCCUGCAGCUGAGCGUGGUGACGCAGGACGGUCUCAGCGUCAACCCCCGGGCCGCCGGCCUGGUGGGCGGGGACGGCCCGCAGGACAAGCAGCCCUUCCUGGUGGCCUUCUUCAAGGUCAGCGAGGCGCGCGCGCGCACCGCCAGGUGCCCCGGCCGGCGCCGGCAGCAGAGCCGUGGCCGCUCCCCGCAGCCCCAGGGCGUGGCCAGCGCCUCGGGUAGGUCUGGGGACCGGGAGCACGGCGGCGAGCUCAGGACGGCCUGCCGGAAGCACGAGCUCUACGUGAGCUUCCAGGACCUGGGGUGGCAGGACUGGAUCAUCGCCCCGAAGGGCUACGCGGCCAACUACUGCGACGGCGAGUGCGCCUUCCCGCUGAACGCGCACAUGAACGCCACCAACCACGCCAUCGUGCAGACGCUGGUGCACCUGAUGAACCCGGAGUUCGUGCCCAGGCCCUGCUGCGCGCCCACCAAGCUCAACGCCAUCUCCGUGCUCUACUUCGACGACAACUCCAACGUCAUCUUGAAGAAGUACCGGAACAUGGUGGUCAGGGCCUGCGGGUGCCACUAGCAGGGCACGGUGGGUGGACCCCGUCCGGGUCCCAGCCUCGCCCGUCUGACGCCCGCACC